AUGACAAAAUCAAAAUCCAGUUUUAUAUGCCGCUCAGCUUCCCCUACGCUAAUGAAUGUCGAUUCACCAGAAUACAAGAGACUCAUGAGCGAAGCAGUAUUAUCGCAUCUCAGAGAAAUGAACAAGGACGUUAACACGUUUACUACAAACCUGCCACUCGCAGUACUACUUGCUCCCUGUAAAAAAAAUCGAGGUAAUCGCGGAGUUUCUCGCCCACAAAAUGAAUUCAUUCUCUACCGUAAAGACAUUCAAGACGAAAUUCGUCGAGAGCAUCCCAAUGCCACAUUUAUCGAAAUCUCAAAAAUAGCCAGCAACAGGUGGAAAAAUGAAACGACAGAGAAGAAAAACCUCUUUACAGUGUUAAGUAAAGCGGGUUACUUGGCGCACAAGGAACUAUUUCCAGACUACAAAUAUCAGCCAAAGCAAAAGUGUGGUAGAGGUAAAAAAAUGGUAGAGGUAAGCCAACGCGGAAAAAACAAAAAGAGUGAACUUGAUCCAUGGGCCAAAUCGGUUACGAUGCCACAAAUGUUUAUAAAGACUGAGAGCGAAGACAAGGAUGACAAUAGAGCGAAAGACAAUAUGACUAUAAAUUUUCGUGUUGACAAUCAUACUAAUCAGCAAUCAUUCAAGACAGCCGACGAUACAUUUUUGCUGCAACAAUCGUCGUCACACAACAAUGAUGACAGCUCAAACACGGAAUCUAGUGACAUGUUCUCGUCCUUUGCCUUGUCACCGUUUUUUUCACCCGGCGUAGAAUCUUGUUCAUCUGACAUUUUUGCUUCGCCUCAACCUUCCACGUCACCAAUGUCUUUUACCGAACAGUCUUCGAUGAGUGCUGGUUCGCUGUACGAAGAUCAAAUAAUGGACUACAGCGAUAACAUGAGUGAUGGCAAUAAACAAAACAGCGAAUUGAACUGUGCUAUGCAAACUGACGAUAUGAGUACUCGGAUGAAUACCGAGCUGGAUAAUGUGUUGAUAAACCCUAUGCUUUCGAUGGGAUUUCCCAACUUUGAACCGGAACCGGAACAACUUGCCUCCUCUUUAUCACCAACAUCCCAUUCGUCUUAUUCUCCAUCUUACCCUCCUCCCUCUACUGCGGCUCCAUCGGAUAAUUCUGGAUUUUCUUUCCUCGAUUUUUCUUCCCUCCAUCCUCCCAUUCCUCCGUCUCCGCCAUCGUCAGAAUCUACUCAGACAUUUUCAACAGAAAACCAAUUCUUGUCAAUGUUAAUGCAGGAUCCAAGCGAGACCUAUUUCGGAUAUAAUGAUUUGUUGUUUGGAAAUGAAACUUCUCAAUGA